CCCACCCCACCGGCCACCGUUAUCUAUACUAAAGUAAAGUUUACUGUCCCGCCGACGUAGCUAUCACUACACCACACAGUAGUCACUACCGUUCACGGCCAUUGUACGUGGUCAACACGGUGAAUGACAAUGACAAUUGAUUUCUGAAAGUUAAUAUAGUCGUGAAGGUCGGCUUUCUCGUGGUCAACAACAGUCAUGGGCAAUGAAAAAAGCGCUCUUAAGGGUUUAGAGAUCGAUGACAAGGCAAUUGAGAUCACCGACUUCUGGACUCAUCAUAGUUCUAUCAUACAGAGCUCCAAUCCUCAAAGUCUGUCUGUUUUUGUCAGUGAGCCUUCCCUACAUUCUGAUUGUAGUUUUGGUAAACCCUCACCUCUAGAGAAGGCAGCUAAGAACUUGAUGAUCCAUAGGCAUCCUUGCAUCCUAAAAUAUGUAUCCUCUUGGUCAAAAGGAAGCAAGUUUUUUCUAGCAACAGAGGAAGUAAAGCCAUUAGUUCAAGUGAUCGGUUCCCAAACUACUUUGCAAAUUUGUAUAGGAUUGCAUAGUAUCUUGAGAGCAUUGCUUUUUCUCCAUGAGAAUGCCAGUGGCUCACAUAAUAAUGUCUGCAAUAGUUCUAUUUAUGUGACUCCAGAAGGUUCUUGGAAACUUGGUGGUUUGGAAUAUUUCUGUAGAAAUUCAGAUAUAAAUGCUGCUUACUUUAAGAAAAUCAAGACAUACCGCUAUGAGAAUGCCAUAUCACCUGAUGAAGAUACUGUGAUGCAAACUAUUUCUGAUGAUCCAUCAGCUAUUGAUAAAUUUGCUUAUGCUGUCUUAUCAGAAGAUAUAUUGAAAAACAAGAAUGAAGACGAUGUUCCUGGCUUAACAGAUUUUAGAGAUAUGUGUAAAGCAAAACUUAAAGAUAUAUCACUGUCUUCUCUAGUCAACCACCCAUUUUUCACGCAUGAUUUUAUGAAAAUCUAUGCUUUUUUGAUGGAAUUACCUUUAAAAACUGAGCUGGAAAAAGAGUCAUUCUUCUUAAACUUAGUAUCACAGUUACAAAAUUUUCCUGAAAAAAUAGUUGCAGAACAGUUAGGCAAAUUAUUACUGUCGAGAAUGGUUUUAUUAGAUCCCACUGCACAAACAAAAUUUUUGCCAUUUAUUCUAACGCCAAAAGAUAAAGAAGAUGAUCCUGGCCUUUUGACAACUUCAACAUUUCAAGCUUGUCUAGUUCCAAAACUUUUACAAAUGUUUUGCGUUCGCGACGGGCCAAUCAGAAUGCUACUGCUCAAGCACAUGAACUCUUUCAUAAAAGCAUUUCAAAUUGACGAUUUACAGAGGCGCGUGUUGCCGGAACUCCUUGUUGGAAUCAAAGACACUGAUGACGUUUUAGUUAGCACUACUUUACGAGCUUUAGCAGAUUUAGUUCCUAUUCUCGGUGCAGCCACGAUUAUUGGCGGCAAACGUGCCAGACUUUUCACCGAUGGUCGACCGAACAAGACACAAAGAAACAAAUCAACUAAGCGAGUAACGUUUAGCACUCCACCAAAAACAGUAGAGUCGCCAGUUACGAGUUUGGAGGAGCCACCAUUGUACUUACCCGAGAGACCGUCACCCGAUGGCGGUGAAGACAAGGAGGAGGUGAAUUUCGGUUCGGCCGAAGAAGAAAACUGGUCCGACUGGGAGGCCACUGAAGCAAAUAACUUGGAGAUGACCACAAGUAAUGGUGGAGAAACAUUCGAUACUCUCGUUAUAGAGGAAGAAUUGGCGAAGAUUCCAAUGUCAACGUCAAUGUCGAUGACUAAUUCCUACCCGAAGAAACCUAUUAUCGCAGAUAUUUCGGAGCUAGACAUUAAGCAUUCCAAAUCCAUGAACAAUGAAGUACCGGAAGAGAUUGAUUUCUUCACGGAUAUGGAACCAGUAAUUCAAAAAACACAGAUUCUGCAUGUCGAAGAAGCUUUACCAAUUCAGUCGGCGACGACUGUGAUGACGAAUAAACUCAAUUUGGCCAUGGAGAGUACAGAAACGGAACCUGACGGAUGGGGUGAAGACGACGAUUGGGAAGUCGAAGGUGACAAGUAGAAUUUGUAGUAAGCGACUGAAAGUUUCGUUUUAGCAUAGACUGUUGAGUAUUGAGAUAAGGAGAAUCGGAGAGGCAUUGUAAGUGCAAAUGUCUUUCUACUUUCUUCGGUGUUUUGAUAAUAUAUGAAAAGUCAGCUGUUGAAAAGUUGUUUAUGUACACACACACACACACACACACACACACACACACACACACACACACACACACACACACACACACACACACACACACACACAAGCAUAGUUUUCGCCAUUUUAAUAUCGCGCAUAUCUGAUAUUUAUUUUGUUUAUAUACUUGUAGCGUAUUUUUGUAACAACGAUUACAGGUGCAACCGAGAGAAGCACUUUAGCUUAACUUACAUACUUGUAAAUAAUCGUUAGAAAAUGUAUAAAUCUUGAUUGAUUAUUGUAAAUAUCUGUAUUGAAUAUAUUUACGAAUAAUACAUUUUUUUUCUCGAAAAAUCUAAGAGAUCGAAAAGUGUGAAGAUGGUUGGGCAAUACAAAAGGAAACGAUCAGUGAAAGCUCACACGUUUUAUUCUUAAGACACUCACAAAUGAGAGCUUUUACAUGAUCUUAUUCGCGAUGUGUUUGUUUCGGCAAGAAAAUUAUGUAAUCGGACUUGAAUUGA